UUUAACUGAGGAGGUUCGAGAGCAAAGUCGCCGCUUAUCCUUCUGGAGACUUUCCUGUGUCCGUCAAGGUACAAAAGUCUCCUGAAUUCAGGAGCCAUUUGCACAUCUUUUACGAUCCUCGCUAACAGAGUAGAUCGGAAGACUACACAUCCUUGCCUGAGUUUGCACAUGUUAUAAUUUUGACGAAGAAUCCGAAGUUUUGUGGAUUGUGAUCAUCUUCGGCGAGCGAAAAGUUUGGGUUUUUUCCAAGCCUAGCAGGUUUGGGACGCCAGUAUUAAUGAAGUCCAGGUAUGGAUUGUUCUUGGUGGCGAUCGGGAUUUCUAUCAUGUGCCUGGGACCAUGGAUACCUGUAGCGAGCGCCACUGUUUCUGAGCAUGAACCUUUGGACUUGGCCAAGCGCAUGGCCAUAACGUCGAUGAAAGAGUGGAGGGUUAUGGGGCCUGCAAAGGACAGGUUCCAGUAUGAGCUUGGCGUGUUUCUGCGAGGAAUCGAACUUGUUUGGAAGGCGACUGGCGACAAGAGUUACUUCGAUUAUAUCAAAUUUAAAGUAGAACGCCACGUGAUGGAUAACGGCACCAUCGCUGGCAACUACAACUUCACGGAAUUCACCCUUGACAACAUACUGACGGGCAGGUUGUUGCUCACCCUUUACAGACAAACAGGUGAGAUGAAGUACCGGACCGCUGCAAAAACUCUGCGGGAGCAGCUGCGGCAGCAACCCCGCACAAGGGAGGGAGGCUUCUGGCAUAAGCUUGUCUACCCCUACCAGAUGUGGCUCGACGGGCUCUACAUGGCGGAGCCCUUCUACGCUGAGUACGGGACGCUCUUUCAUGAACCCAAGGAAUUCAACGACAUCGCCUCUCAGUUCAUCAUCAUGGAGAAGCAUUCUCGUGAUUCCAAAUCCGGGCUUCUCUACCACGGCUACGACGAGUCCCGCGCGCAGAACUGGUCGGAUCCAAAGACCGGCCGCUCGCCGAGCUUCUGGGGGCGCGCCAUGGGCUGGUACUUCAUGGCCAUCGUUGACACGCUGGAGUAUUUUCCCAAGCACCACCCCAAGCGAGCUCACCUGCUUGCUAUCACGCACCGCUUAGCCAUAGUCUUGAAGGAAGUGCAAGACUCGAAAUCUGGCUUGUGGUGGCAGGUUCUUGACAAACCGUACAAGAAGGGCAAUUAUCUUGAGUCUUCCGCGUCCGCCAUGUUCGUGUACUCAUACGCUAAAGGUGUGCGCAAGGGCUACCUCCCGAAAAUGUACCUCAGUGUCGCCCAAAAAGGCUAUGUUGGCAUCGUCUCCAACUUCGUCGUAGAAACUGCGGACAUGGGAGUGAAUUACACGCGCAUUGCGAGCGUGGGCGGCCUCGGGGGCACUCCGUACCGCAACGGUACAUUCGAGUAUUACAUUAGUGAGCCCAUCGCGACAAACGAUCCUAAGGGUGUCGGUCCUUUCAUGAUGUGCAGUGUGGAGAUGGCUCGUGUAUGAGAAACCAAUCCAACUAGUUUGCGAGCGUAGCGUAGUGAUUUGAUCCGCGGUUUCCCUACGCCGUGUUUGAAUCAAAGUGCAAUGCGUUUUUUGUCCGAUCGCUAACAAGCUUUCAGCAAAGUUUAGACUUGCAUUGCAGACAGCAGGACUGAAUCUACUGUGUCUACACACCUCACGUCAUUACAAACACGAGAGCUGCGACCCUCUCUACGUCCUCGGGGAUUUGCUAAACAGAGACAGCACGGUUUACUUAGUUGAUUUCGUAACAAAAUUGUUUUCAAUGAACAAACACGGGUUUCUUGUGCACCUUCGAAUUGGUGCAAUUGUUGUAAGUCGACGGCUAGUCUCCCAGCGCGGUGAUGAGGAUCAGGGAGUUCGAACUACGGUGCAGGUGUGAACAGAGCACUUUGCGGGUACUGUUGUCAGCGCAGUCAACGCCAGUUGUGGGAAUUAUCGAAUUUUUAGUCAUAAAUUUCAAGCAAAAUUAUAUCUCAUGUGCUUUCAUAUCAAAAAAGUGAUAGUGCAUUACACACAGGCUCUUUAUCUAUAUCAGUAGUACUAAUAGAGCAAAUGAACAAUGUCUUUUGCCAUAUCUUGGUUUAUUAUAAAAUUACACAAUGAAAGUUAUUAAGAAGGCAAAACGUGUGAGGAACCAGUGAACGCUGGAUAAGUUCAGAGAUGGACCACAUUACUUGAUGCUUCAAAAGUUGUCUGCUGGUUUACAGAUGCUGCUCUGCUCUGCUGUCAAUUUAUUUUUCUGCAAUUUCAGAAGCUGAGAGCUUCAAAAACUGCAGAAUGGUCCCCCCCCCCGAGCUGUAGAAGGCGCAGCAGAGAGCCAUGCUGCACACGACGGGAGCAAUUUCAGGUUACAGCUUAGGUACAAGAAACAUUAAGAAACUAGUAGAAAGUGUAUGAAACAUCAACCAAUUAGUGAGUUCUUUAAGAAUUGUAGUAGGAAUUAAACUGAAUUUUGGAAUUUUUAGGGCUAGCAUUGGAUCAAAAAGGCACCUUUGCCGAGAGUGUUUGUGUAGGUGUUGGAAUAUGAGGGGUAAAAAUCCAUGAACAUGGAGGAGUUAUUUGUUAG